AUGAUGGCCCCCAAAGCCAGGAUGGGAGCGACCAAGAGCAAAGUCCGGGCUCCCAAAAAGGUGAGGACCCCAACUCGCUCGUGAGGCUCGAAGGAACGCCAGCUGAUGAGCUACUCUUGGCUGAUGGUGGGGCAAUGUGGCGCGGGAUCGUACCGCGAGCAGCACACAACGGGCGAGGUCAGUUCCCCAUCUCAAACGCGGUCGCCAUUUCCCGUCAUAUCUCUACUGACACAUCCGAUCCAACUCGAACACAGGACCUGAUCGCGACCUUGGCCAAGCUCGAAACGGCGAUCGAAGAGAUUCAGCACCGCAACGCGUCCAAGCUCUCGUUCGAGGAACACUACCGCUAUGCGUACAACCUCGUCCUGCACAAACAGGGCCACACGCUCUACAACUCGGUCGCCAACCUCAUCUCCUCCCACCUCGAGAGCCAGACCAUCGAACGCAUCGUGCCCAAGUUCCCUCCCACGCUUGAUCAAUCGGGCGCAUCGAGCCAGGGCAACUUUUCCGCAGCCAGCGCAGCUCAGGUCUUUAUGGACGCCGUCAAGGACGUAUGGGACGACCACAUGGCUUCUAUGAGCAAGCUCAGGGACGUCUUCAAGUACAUGGUACGUCUCAUAUCCCGAGAUUCCAACCUGGGCGCUGGGUGUCAAGCACUGAGUUGUGUGAACACCUCGCGACGUGACAGGACAAGGUCUACACCGGCUCGAGCAACCUACCUUCCAUCUGGGACUUGGGACUCUCGCUCUUCUUCCACCACGUCAUUCUAUACUCGACCAAAGAAAAGGGCAAAGGCGUCGCUGCACCGACCGCCUCCACCUCUCGAGCCUCGGCAGCUCGCGCCCCACCUCGGCCUCGAGCGACGAACGACCCUUCGACCGUUGCCUUUCAACUCAUGCACACUUUACUCAACGUCAUUCGCAUCGAGCGACAAGGCGAGGUCGUCUCGCGUCAUUCGAUACAUGGGGCCAUCGAAAUUCUGUGCGAGUUGACCGAUGAGGGUGCCGUGCCUCUACCCGUGGUCGCAUCGAACGGUACCGGCUCGGGCACACCGGUGCUGAGUGGUGGCUCGAGCAGCGCCAGCGGUGGGCGAGGUGGACCCGUUCUCGGCGACAAGGAUCUCCCCAAUGGUCUCAGUCCUUACCGUACCGCUUGGGAGCAAGCUUUCCUCGGUCAAUCGGCCGAUUUCUACCGCGAGGAAAGCGCGCGCUCGUUGAUCGAGAACGACUGCCCGACUUUCUUGCGCAACAUCUCUCGACGACUCGUGGAGGAGAGGGAACGAUCCAUUGCCUACCUCGGUGCUACGACCGAACCUUUGCUCAUUGCGCUGUUGGAAAAGACGUUGAUCUCGAACCACCUUGCUUCGAUUCUUGAUCAUCAAGCUUCGGGGCUGGCGACCUUAGUGCAGGACAAUCGGAUCGAGGAGCUCAAGAUGAUCUACACGCUAUUUGGAAGGGUCAGUGGUGGUCAUGCGGCGCUGAGGAUCAGCAUUUCGAAAUGGAUCGUCGAUAUCGGCAAGCAGGUCAACAAUGGUCUCAAGGUCAUUCCCGACGAACCGAGGGCAGAGGCCGACGAGAUGAACGAAGCCAACCCCAACGCCGCCAAGGACAAGGGCAAAGGCAAAACCAAGGAAGCGUCAGGUGCCGUCGUCAAUGCCAAGACCAAAGCCGCGCUGGGGUGGGUGCAGAACGUGCUCGACUUGAAGGACAAGUUCGAUCGGAUCCUGCGCGACGCGUUCGCGGGCGACAAGGUGUUGGAGAAGAGCAUCAUCGAGGCGUUUGCGUUGUUCGUUAAUGAUAACGAUAGUUCGCCGGAGUAUAUCUCGUUGUACAUUGAUGAUAACUUGAAGAAGGGGCUAAAAGGGGUGAGUGGGUCUGCGUCCUGUGUGCGAUAGCUUGUAGCUGACCCACUGCGCGUUCACCUCUCUCGAUAGAAAACCGAGGACGAGGUCGACGACGUGCUCAACAAGACGAUCGCCCUGUUCCGUUACCUCACGGAGAAGGAUCGUUUCGAGAAAUACUACAACACGCAUCUAGCCAAACGGUUGAUCGCAUCCAAGUCCGUCUCGGACGAUGCCGAACGCAACAUGUUGGCCAAGUUCAAGAUCGAAGCUGGUGCGGCCUUCACCCAAGCUGCUGAAGGGAUGAUGAAGGACGUCAAGAUCUCGGAGGAUACCCUGGCCGAGUUCAAGCGGUACACGGCGCGACAGGUCGACGAACCACCUUUCUCGCUCGAGCCGAUCAUCUGCGGCUCCAACGUCUGGCACUACAACCACAAAGAACCGACGUGCAUCUUACCCCAGGUUUUGCGGGACGGGAUCAAUUAUUACGAGAAGUUUUACAACCAGAAGCAUUCGGGCAGGAAAUUGACGUUCAGAUCGGACCUCGGGAAUGUCGAUGUCAAGACCAAGUUCAACGCGAGGUCGCAUGAGCUUAAUGUUUCGACGCAUGGGAUGGUCAUUUUGAGCUUGUUCGAAGGGCUGGAUGACGACGAGAAGCUGUCGUAUUCUGUGAGUCACCUUGUGAAGCCUGAGAAAGGACCGAUAACUCAUGGAGCCGUUGCCUACCCCAUACACAGCAAAUAUCGUCGUCGACAGGGAUUGUCGCGACCGAGCUUCGACGUCAGCUACAAUCCCUUGCAUGUGGCAAGCACAAAAUCCUGCUCAAACACCCCAAAGGUCGUGAAGUCGGCGACAAGGAUGAAUUCUCCUUCAACGCCGACUUCACGAGCCCCAUGGCCAAGAUCAAAGUGCAACUCGUCAUCAGUAAAGUCGAAACGCCCGAAGAGCGUCGUGAUACGGACGACAAGGUCGAAGAGGCGCGUAAUAUCCAAUGCGAGGCCGCGAUCGUGCGUAUAAUGAAGGGGAGGAAGGAAGCGCAGUAUGGCGAGGUUGUGCAGGAGUGCAUCAAGCAACUUGAAGCGAGGUUCAAGCCUCAGCCAGUGAUGAUUAAGAAGGCGAUAGAGAGGUUGAUCACUAAGGAGUAUCUCGAACGUGGCGACAAUGAUCGCAAGCUGUUGCGGUACCUGGUCAGUCCUUCUUUUCGAAACCGUGUCCACGCUGAGCGUCGAGCACUGAUGAAUGUUUUUCUCAUCUCUCUCAGGCCUGA